CUCUUCCUCGACCUGACCAGACCAGACCAGACCGAUGAAGAACCAAAGCCAACCGCGUCUCUUUUACAGAAUCGCCCCGGUACCUGCCGGCGGCGCCAUCAUCGUCACCUUCCUCCUCCUAUUCACUAUCUAUCCACGCUCCACAUCCACGUACCACUCUCUCUUCCUCUCCCUCUCUUCCAACGAGACUGCCGCGCGCCACCUCUUCGCCCUCACCCGCCGCCCCCACGUCGCCGGAUCCGACGCCAACUCCGUAGCCGCCGCCUACGUCCUCAACACCCUCUCUUCCGCUUCCAUUCCUUCUCACAUCACCUCCUAUAACGUCCUCCUCUCUUACCCCAUCCAUCGCUCACUUUCCCUUUCCACAAAUUCCUCCGCCCCCGCCAUUCCCUUCGAUCUCAUCCAGGAAAUCUACCCUGACGAUCCCUACGCCGCUGUGGCUGCCGAUAUCCUCCCGACCUUCCACGCCUACGCCCACUCGGGCACCGCCGCAGGGCUCGUGGUCUACGCCAACUACGGCCGAGUCGAAGACUUUGCUGCUCUGAAAGAAUCCGCGGUUAAUGUAUCCGGAAACGUUGUAAUCGCCCGCUACGGAGAGAUUUAUAGAGGGGAUAUCGUGAGGAAUGCGCAGCUCGCGGGGGCGAUAGCUGCAAUUGUGUAUAGUGAUGCUAAAGACUAUGGCGGGGGCAUUGGCGGGAAGUGGUUUCCAAAUGAUCGGUGGAUGCCGCCCAGUGGGGUGCAAGUGGGAAGUACAUAUCGAGGGCUUGGGGAUCCGACAACGCCGGGGUGGGCCAGCGUCGGCGAUUGUGAGAGGAUAGGGAUUGAAGAAGUGGUGGCGACCGGAUUGAUGCCGGGGAUCCCAUCCUUGCCGUUAUCUUCGAGGGAUGGUGAGGCUAUAUUGAGGACGAUUAGAGGAAAGGUGGCGGCGGAUGAUUGGCAAGGUGGAGAAGGAGCGCCGGUGUAUCGGCUGGGGCCGGGACCAGGUUUUGUGCAUCUUACAUACUUGGGGAAUGAAACUUUAAUGAUGAUCCAGAAUGUUAUAGGUGUGAUAGAAGGGAGGGAAGAGCCAGACCGGUAUGUAGUUCUUGGAAAUCAUCGAGAUGCAUGGACAUUUGGGGCAGUCGACCCAAAUAGUGGAACAAGUGCUUUGCUGGAGGUUGCGGAAAGGUUGAACAAGUUGCAAAAGAGAGGAUGGAAACCACGAAGAUCCAUUAUUUUGUGUAAUUGGGAUGCUGAAGAGUAUGGUUUGCUUGGUUCAACAGAGUGGGUUGAAGAUAACAUGGAGGUUUUAGCCUCCAGAGCUGUAGCAUAUUUAAAUGUUGACUCAGCAGUAUCUGGUCCUGGGUUCCAUGCAAUGGCAACCCCACAACUUGAUGAACUUCUCAAAGAGGCAGCCAAAAAGGUUCAAGAUCCUGAUAAUCCAUCACAAACUCUCUAUGAGUCAUGGGUUAUGUCCGAUUAUCCUCUGAUAGGGAGGUUGGGUGGAGGUGGAACUGAUUUUGCAGCUUUUGUUCAACAUGUUGGCGUCCCCUCAGUUGAAAUGUCGUUUGGAAAAGAUUACCCUGUUUACCAUUCCAUGUAUGACGACUUUAUAUGGAUGCAAAAAUAUGGGGACCCACUAUUUCGUAGGCAUGUUGCAGGUAGUUUCUAUGUUUCAUCUCAUUCUUAACAUAUAUUUAGCUCC